AUGGCUCCUCCAGUUUUGCGUCCAGAUAACGCUAUUAAGAGAGCAGAUGAAUUGAUUUCAGUUGGUGAAAGCCAAGCUGCUUUGCAAUCUCUGUAUGAAUACUUAACUGCUAGAAAGAUCCGUUUUGCUCAACCUUCUACUGUCGAACCAAUUGUAUUCAAAUUCUUAGAACUUGGUGUCGAUUUGAAAAGAGGAAGAUUGAUAAAGGAUGCCUUACAUCAAUAUAAAAAAUUGGUUCAAGGCUCUCAAGAUGGUCUAUCCUCAGUAGGUGCUGUUGCUCGUAAAUUCAUCGACUGUGUUGAAACUAAAAUGGCUUUCGAACAUUUGAAAGCUGAGGAAUCCCAAACUGAAGAAGAUGAUGACUUAGAAGGUGGUGUCACUCCAGAAAAUUUAUUGAAAUCUGUUUACAUUCAAGAUCAAUCUGUUGCUGGUUUUAAUGAUGAAGUUGUCACCUCUUGGUUGAAGUUCACUUGGGAAUCUUACCGUGCCGUUUUGGAUUUAGUUAGAAAUAACUCUCAGUUAGAAAUUACCUAUGCUGGUGUUGUUAACAGAACCAUGCAAUUUUGUUUGAAAUAUAACAGAAAGAAUGAAUUCAAAAGAUUGGCUGAAAUGUUGCGUCAACAUUUAGAUGCCGCUAAUUACCAACAAAGUAAAAUCGGUUCCAACAUCGUUGACUUGAGUGAUUCCGAAACUUUGCAACGUUACUUGGAUCAACGUUUCUUACAAUUGAAUGUCUCUGUUAAAUUAGAAUUAUGGCACGAAGCCUUCAGAUCCAUCGAAGACGUCUACCAUUUGAUGAAAAUGUCUAAGCACACUCCAAAAUCUUCUACUUUGGCUAACUACUAUGAAAAUUUGGCCAAGGUCUUCUUGAUCUCCAAUGCUCAAUUAUUGCACACUGCUACUUGGGAAAAAUUCUAUAGAUUAUACCAAUCCAAUCCAAAUGCUACUGAAGAAGAUUUUAAGAAAUAUUCAUCUAUUAUCUUGUUAUCUGCUUUGUCUACCCCAUUGGACAUUUUACCAACUGUUGGUUAUGACCCACAAAUGCGUCUAUACCGUUUAUUAGGUUUGGAAUCAAGACCAACUAGAAAUGAAAUGAUCGAAUUGGCUAAGCAAGAAGAUAUAUACAAGCAUAUUGAUGAAGACAUCAUUAAGUUGUACGAAAUUAUGGAAAUUAAUUAUAAUGCUGAUACCAUUAAAACUGAGAUUGCUGCUUUGUUACCAAAGUUGGAAGCUAAACCUUAUUUCAAACAAUACAUUAACCAAUUAAGAAAUGUUCUUUUGAGAAAGAACUACGUAAGCUUAUCUGAAACAGAAAAUGCCAUUCCUACUGAUGCCUUAUAUGACAAGGCAUCUUUACCAGGUGUUUUGUCUCUUCCACACUGGGAUAUGGAAAAGACUUUGUUGCAAGCUGCUGUCGAAGAUUAUGUUUCUAUCUCGAUUGACCAUGAUUCUAAUACUGUUACUUUCUUCAAAGAUCCAUUUGAAAUUAUUUCAAAAGCAGCUGGAACUGUUGAAGAAGAAGAAGAGGAAGAAGAAGAAGAAGGUGAAGAAGUUGAAGGCGAAGAAGCUGAAACUGGUGAAGAAAUCGUUGAAGAAGGUGAAGAACAUGAAAACGAAGAAAAUAAAGAACCAGAACCUGUUAUUACUCGUACUACAUUCAUCCGUAAUAGAUUGGCUGAACUAUCUAAUGUUUUGGAAGAAAUUGAUGCCUUCAAGAAUGCUUCUUACUUAGAAAAGGUCAAGUUGGCUCGUGAAACUCUGAUUACUCAAACUAAAGAUUCUAUUGAAAACUUGAAACAAAUUGCAGAAGAUCGUGCAAAGAGGGCUCAAGAACAAAAGAAGAAAUACAUGGCUUCUGCUGCUGUUAGAGCUGAAGAAGAUGCUGAAAUAAGACAAAGACAAAUUUUGGAAGAAAAGGCAGCUUUGGAAGCUAAGUUAGAACAAGAUGCUCACCGUCGUUUAGUUGAAAAGAAGAAGCGUGAAUUUGAAGAUUUGAAGCAAAGAGAAAUCCAAAAGUUUAUUGAUGAAUUUAACAAGAAAGAUCACGCUGCCAAGAUUGCUUCUGAAGAAGUUCAAGGUUUAGAUAUCAAGGAAAUUAAGACUUUGAUUUUCAGCAAGUUAUCUCAAGACAAAUCUGAAUUAGAAGAUCGUAUGACCAGUUCUCUACAAAAAUUGGAUCAUGCUGAAAGAGCCUACAGAAAGUCAGAAUUGCCAUUGUUGAGAAAAGAGGCGGAAUCAUUGAAGGAAACUGAUAUGAAUAAAUUCAAUGAUAUGAAAUCCAAGAUUGUUGACACUGCCAGAGCUGAAUUUGAUGCCAAGAUGGAAGAUCACAACCGUCUGGUUGGUGUUUACAACGAUUACGUUUCAUUGAAAGAUCGUUUGACAACUACUGUUGAAGAAAAAUUCAAAUUAAUUCGUGCUGAAAAUGCAGCUAAAUUUGAAGCAGCCAAGAAAGCUAGAAUUGAAGAAGUUCGUAAGCAACGUUAUGAAGAAUUAGUUGCUGAGCGUAAGGCUGAGAUUGAAGCUGAAGAAAGAGAAGAACGCGCUAAGAAACAAGAAGAAACGGCUCGUAAGCAAAAGGAAAUGGAAGAAGCUGCUGAAAGAAAGUCUAAGGCAUCAUCUGCAGCUGCCGCAAAAUCUAUCCUUACUGGAGGAAACGAUGCUCGUUCUGCUAAAUUGGACGAAAUUGCUCGUAGACAAAGAGAGAUUGAACAAGCUGCUGAAAGAAAAGCCCAAGGUCCUUCUGCCUCUACUGAAGCUCCAGAUGAUGAAGGUAGAAAUCUAACUUAUGCUGAAAAGAUGAAAUUAAGAAGGGCUAGUAAGAAAUAA